AGUGCUGGUAUUGGUAGAACUGGAACAUAUUUAGCUUUAGAUUAUCUCAUACAACAAGCUCAAGCUGAAAAUUCUGUAGAUAUUUUUUCUUGUGUAUCACAGAUGAGACAAGAAAGAGUUAACAUGGUUCAGACUGUGGUAAGAAACAAUUACUAUUAG